GUGUUAUUUUUGCACCUUAUGGCCCUGUCUGGAAGCAGCAGAGGAAAUUCUCUCUCUCAACACUGCGUCAUUUUGGAGUAGGAAGACACAGCCUAGAGCCUAAAAUCAUUGAGGAGCUGAAGUUUAUAAAGGAGGAAAUGCUGAAGCAUGGAAAGGAUUCAUUUAAUCCCUUUCCAAUCAUUCGCAACGCAGUGUCCAAUGUUAUCUGUUCCAUGGCCUUUGGCAGGCGCUUUAACUACGAAGAUGAUGAGUUCAAGACGAUGCUGAAGAACAUGGCCCGUGCACUAGAGCUGAGCGUGAACAGCUAUAUGAUCCUGGUCAACAUCUGCCCUUGGCUGUACUACCUUCCCUUCGGGCCUUUCCGGGAACUUAGGAAAACAGAAUUAGAUAUUACUGCAUUUCUAAAGAAAAUAAUUGCACAGCACAGGGAUACACUUGAUGCAGCAAAUCCCAGGGACUUCAUUGAUAUGUACUUCAUCCAUGCAGAAGAGGAAAAAAACAACAAGGACAGCAGUUUUACUGAAGACUACCUGUUUUUUAUCAUUGGUGACCUCUUCAUCGCAGGCACAGACACUACUUCCAACACAUUACUGUGGUGCCUGCUCUACAUGUCUCUCUACCCAGAAGUACAAGAGAAGGUUCAUGCAGAAAUUGAAGCAGUUCUAGGACGUGACAAAGUUCCCUCUCUUACCCACAAGGCUCAAAUGCCCUUCACAGAGGCAACCAUUAUGGAAGUGCAGAGGAUGACUGCGGUUGUUCCCCUUUCUAUUCCUCGAAUGGCCUCAGAAGCUGCUGUGCUGCAGGGAUAUACUAUUCCUAAGGGCAGUGUGAUCGUGCCCAACUUGUGGUCAGUACACAGAGAUCCUAACAUUUGGGAGAAACCAGAUGAAUUUCAGCCAUCAAGAUUUCUGGAUGAAAAUGGCCAGCUAAUUAAGAAAGAGACAUUCAUUCCUUUUGGAAUGGGUAAACGCGUGUGCAUGGGAGAGCAGUUGGCAAAAAUGGAGCUGUUCUUAAUUUUUACAAGUCUAAUGCAAAGUUUUACCUUUUUGUAUCCUGAAAAUGCUGCAAAGCCAUCCAUGGAGGGAAGGUUUGGUCUAACUUUAGCGCCAUGUCCAUUCAAUAUAAUAGCUUUGAAGAAAUGA